AUGGUUCGCCUCGCUUUUAUUGCUGUAGGUAUUGCAGCGCUGUUGCGUGGUCAAGGAACAUGCGCAAGCACAGGCCAGAACGGUCCACAAACAAACGAUGUUAGGCAUGUGGUGGGUAUUUCUGCUACUGCAGGUGCGCUGAACUGUCUGAGCGAUAUGAAUGAGCCCAGGACUGCAGCCGGACUGUCUGAACUCAAGGCCCCAGCAGCGAGCACAGAGCAAACGAAAGUAGCGAACGCCCUGGGAAAAGAGGGAAAAACAGAAACCACAAAAUAUCUGCAAGACCUUUGCACGGACCUCAUUGCGGUACGACCCGUCACAGUGGCUGUUUUUGCGCCUCUUCACGUUAAUACAAACUCGCAGACGAAUCCCCCGAAGACCACCACAAAGGGCACUGUCGCUUACCACGUACAAACAGGUUCAGAAGGCAGCUGCUCUGCGGCAGUUGACUACUGGAAAAGCGGAUUCUCACUGUUUAACAAUCAGCUACCACCUUCUUACAGCUCAAGUAGUCCAAGCGAUAUCUACAAGAACGGCCAAGCCGUGUCAUUUGUUGCUCUUUACAACCCGAAGCCCGGUCCCACUGCCGAAUGUGCAUUCGUUAAAUGCCCCGCAACCACGAACACAACACCUAGUACACCGCCGUCUAGUUCGGGUGGCUCUCAAACCCCAAACUCCCAGGGAGUGAGUAAUGGACUCAGCAGUCCCCAAAAUCAGUCGCAAGAGGAAAAGAACCCCGUGUCAUCGGCGGCAGCAGCAGGUCACAGUGUUGAACCCAGUUCAAAUGAGCAAAACAGCCCUAGUGAUGAUGCAAAUCAGGCCAGAGUCAUAAGACUUGCCGGAGCUUCGGGGUCCAACGCACAAGAGUCUGAUUCUAAGACCGUGAACGCCGUAGUUUGUCUUGUCAGCCCUCCGGCCUUGGAAGAUGGCAAAGCACCUUUUACCGAACAGAUUUGGGCUCAGAUCUCCGACUCAAUUAUUAACGGCACUUCCAAGGCUAGCCCAGCUUCGCUUCUAAUGCUUGCCGCAGUAAGCGCGUCUGCGCUUAUUUUUUACUAG